AUGGAGUCUAGUCAUCGGACGCCCCCUGCCUCGGCCUCAGCCAUUCCACGGAGGCUCCAGGCCUGCGAGAGAUGCUGGAAACGCAAGCAAAAGGUCUUGACCGAUGAUGUUUGUGAUAGGCAAUUGCCGGCAUGCACAACCUGUGUGGAAGCUGAUGCACAAUGUGCCCCCCGACGCGUCCCCAUCGGGCCCACUACGGAAGAGGGCAGUGGCCUCUCGCAUGCUGCCGUACCAAACUAUGUGGAAACACUCAAGAGAAAAAGGGACGAGCUAGACGCACAGUUUCGACAGCAAAGGGCACGCCGAGAAAGGGAUGACUCGGUUCCACCCCAGCCGUCGCCGAACAUGGAGACCACUUCAGUAGGUACCCCAGGAGAUUCGAAGCAGACACCCUCAACGGCCCCCACUAGUUUUAGUGAGCGGUCGGUACAGGCGACGAUGGGGGAGAUCGGAUUCCUGUCGCGCAAUGCGAUGGCAGAGCCACGCGACGAAACUCGUGGGUUCCCUCAAGAACUAGCUAUGGGUAGAAUGGUGAGAGCUGCCCUGGUUAUCUCAGGCGAGGAUCCAUCACAGUCUCGAGAUCUGUGCCAUCAUCGACGAACUUUCGUCACCAUGAUGGGGCCUGCGACGGGGAUCAGCAAAGAGUUUGCCGCAACUUACCUGAGCCGUUUCUUUGACCAUGUUGGAGUGAUGUUUCUUCACCUCGACCGGCGUGAGUUACAAGGUGAAUUUGACUCCAAUUUUGAUGUCCGUAGAGGGCAGCCGAGUCAUACGAAUGGUCCUAAUCUAGGGACCGCAUUCUUUGAGUUCAGAGUUUACAUGGCUGUGGCCAUUGGAAUGUUACUUUCACCCGAGCCUGGUAGCGAGCUAUUGGCGACUGGUUUGCAUGCAGUAGCAACGGAGAGACUUGCCACCAUUAUAGAGCAGGGGGAUUGUGUGAAGACCCUACACUGUAUGUGGUUGUUGGCUUUGUAUUCUAUGUUCAGUUCGCUCGGAGGAUCCACUUGGCACCUCGUGGGAUUGGCAAUGAAGAAAUGCAUCUCAUUUAGACUGCACCGGGAGCUGUAUCCAGACUCCGACACGAGCCAAGAAGAGCAAAACAGAAGACGCAGCAUUUUCUGGGCCUUCUAUGUACUUGACAGGUGGACAGUAGCCGAGUUCGACUUUGGCUGCCAUAUCAUCAUGCAUGCUCGACUACUGUCUAGUGUGCGGAGUUCUUCUUCCCGAGGGCGUCUGUACCAUUACCGCAACCUAAGCCACUGGCGAGAUCUACCAAAGUCCGUAAAGGAGUUCGCUCCUAGCGAUAGUGCCCUCUCCGUCUCAGUCAAGCAGCUCUCCUGCAGGGCGUUAACCCAGAUUGCAUUAUUGACCCGAGGUACACAGUCCAAUGGUGGUAUAGUAGGACACGCUCGAUCUGUUGAACACGAUGUUGUGGAUGGCUGCCAAGCAUAUAUUAAUGAUGCAUACUACUACUCUGAGCAAGGAAAGCUUGCAGCAUCAUUCGUUGACGGAUUCGAUCUUUUCGCGGCGGGUGUACUUGUCAUUUGCCUUCCUUCCCUGUCGUCACUUGCAGGGCCUCCACGGGAGUCAGCCACUAUUAGCAAAUGUACAGCCCUGUUGACAACAAUUGGGGAGAGGUUUCCGUCACUCAAGGUGCUCAGGAAACUACUUCUAGCUCUAUCGACUAUCGAGCAUAUUGAAACUAUGGCUCCCGGAAUUACGGAACCCUCCUCCACAGCAGGCCCUUCGACUGCUGAAGUCAAGCCUACCGUCUAUGUCCUUGACACCUUCCCUCCUAAGGCCAUCGAGUACGCCAAGACCUUGUUCAAUAUUAUUCAACCUCAGGAUGAAGAGUUCAAGAACUGGCGGCAAAAUGCAAGAGCGCUGUUAGUUCGAAGCUCGUAUGUUACGGCUGAUGACAUCGCAAGCUGCCCGAACUUAAUUGCCAUCGGCAAGCACGGCGUGGGGAUUGACAAGAUCAACCAGGAUGCCUGCGCACAGCGGGGUAUCAAGAUCCUCAACACCCCUGGUGCCAAUGCGCGUGACGUUGCAGAGCUGGUCGUUGCACUGGUCUUAUCGGUCGCAAGGGGAAUUCGGUCUAUCACAUCCCGGCAAAUGUUGAAGCCCGUACCGAAGGAGACCUGCAAUGGGUUGACUCUGUAUCAGAAGACGAUCGGUAUUAUCGGUAUGGGGAAUAUCGGACGCACCGUGGCGGAGAUUUUCCGCGGCGGCUUCGACGCGACCAUUGUCGCUUAUGACGCCUACAUGCCUGAGGAUGUAUGGUCCCAUAUCCCACAUACCAGGGCAAAGAGUGUCGAUGAGGUGCUUGUCCAGGCAGAUGUGCUCUCUGUCCACGUUCCCCUUACCGCAGAAACUCGAGACAUGAUUUCCUAUCAGCAAAUUCGCGCAAUGAAGCCCGACGCAAUUCUAAUCAAUGCUGCUCGUGGUGGUAUUAUCAACGAGGCCGACCUCACCAAGGCGCUAUCGGAAGGGUAUCUAUGGGGCGCAGGGUUGGAUUGCCAUGAGCAAGAGCCACCGAGCCAUGAGAAGUAUGAGGCCCUCUGGAAGAAUUUGAAUCACGUUGCCUUUGAUACUAUCUGUACAGUUUGUCAGAUUCUUUCCACCGUCUGGCGCUGUUACAAUCCUGGCCUUGGGAAUCCCGUCCGCAUCCACGACAAAUACCGAACCGAGACUGGGAUGGCAGAUAAAGACAUUCCCCUCUUCAUCCACGGCAAAGGAAGUCGCCAGACGGCAUUGGACCGAGUCAUGGCUACGUACAAAAACCGCUCAUCGGGUGAGAGAGCUAGGCCAUUCGGGGAAAUUCCGUUGGAGACCAAGCAGUCGAGCUUGCCCAUUUCUUCCCAAGAUCCUCACGCCAUGGGACUUAUCUCGGAUGCAAAAAGGGCUAUGCAAGAUGCCCCAAAGGAAGUUUUCAAUGCCUAUGUUUUGAUGUGUACAUGCUUCUUCGCCCUUUCCGGCGUGUCGAAAGGGUUUGAUGAAGAGGAAGAGUAUGCCAAUACAAAAGGAUGGCUAGUAUCUAUAGCCACGGCUGGAGCGGUCUUUGGAUGUCUUGGGUGCUCCCCCAUUAAUGAUCGAUUUGGUCGACGUUGGACGCUCCGCAUUGCUACAGUCAUCUAUAUUGCUGGCGUCUUGGGCCAAGGGCUUUGUGGCGGAAACAUUUCCGGGCUUUAUGCAUCCAGAUUCAUUGCAGGGUUGGGAAUUGGCCCGUUGUCAAUUGUUCCUCCAGUUUAUAUUACUGAGAUCUCGCCCAAAGCAAUUCGUGGUCUUCUUACAGUUCUGUUCGCGGCUUGCCAGCAGCUAGGUGUAGUGCUGGGCUUCUUCAUCAACUACGGAGUGACUAAACAGUACCCGGGCGUUGACGAGCAAUGGAUGCUCCCCACUCUCCUUCAGAUUGUCCCAGCUGUGGUGUGGGGAUUCGGAACUUUCUUGUGCUCGGAGUCUCCUCGAUGGCUUCUUUACAAUGGCCAACGAGAGCAAGCAGCAGAUACCCUGUCUAGGCUUCGCCACUUGCCUCGCGAUCAUUCUGUGAUCCUGUCCGAACUAGCCGGUAUGGAUGCUCAAAUAUUGCAUGAAACCGAAGCAGUCAGUAACGCGACCGUAUGGGACCUGCUGAAGGAGACUUUUGUGCCCGUCGAGAACCGCCGUCGCUUCUUCUUAAUCUUUAUGGCCACGCUUUUCUCUCAGUGGUCUGGAGCCAAUGCCAUAACCCAAUAUUCUCCUACUAUAUUCGGAUACUUGGGCAUCAACGGAGAUGAAGCCAAAUUUCUGGCAACCGGAAUCUAUGGCGUGGUCAAGUUCGUGAGCACGGUGUGCUUUGCACUAUUCAUCGUAGACUUUAUCGGUAGACGGCGAUCAUUGAUGACUGGAAUCGGCCUCCAAUUGAUCACUCUGAUAUUUGUCGGCGCAUAUCUCGGCGUUACCAGCCAUCUCUCAACCGAUGAGAUCGGUGCGACUCCUAGCGCCUCUCGCGCGUCUACUGCCGCCAUCGUUGCAAUCUUCCUCCACGCAGUGGCUUGGAGUAUUGGUUGGUUCAGCAUUCCUUACCUUGUCGGCUCCGAGAUAUUCCCUAUUCGCAUCCGGUCGUUGAAUAUGUCCAUUUCAAUGGCGUUCCAUUGGGCGUUCUAUUUCGGAUGUUCGCGUGCCAUGCCAAGUCUGCUAGCUGCUACGCAUAAAUGGGGAGCUUUUGUAUUUUUUAGCUGUAUCUGUCUGAUAUCCUUGAUUUACGUAUUCUUUGCCAUGCCGGAUACAACAGGAAGGUCCCUUGAGGAGUUGGAUAGCCUGUUCCAGCGACCGUGGUACACCGUUUACCAGGUGGCUUACCCAUCACGCGAUGAGAUUCGAGUAGAGAGACUGGAGGACAAGUUGUCGGCCGAUGGAACAUCCAAGCACAUUGAACAGGCUUAG